AUGGAGUCUCUCACUGAAUCCAAAUGCGAAGUUUUCUCAAACUUUGAUGUGUUAGUAAACAAAGUUGAAGAAAAAAUAGAAACAACUAAGUAUUUCCUAGUUCUAGAUGACCUGUGGAACGAAGAUCCCAUUGAAUGGAAUAAACUUAAGAGUAUCCUAGAUUUCGGCUCCGCUGGCAGCAAAAUCAUAGUCACUACACGCAGUCAAAUAGUUGCAUCGGUGGUGCAGGGUUUAUUUCCUCCCUACAAUCUAAAUGUAUUAUCUGAAGCAGAAUGUUGGUCUAUUAUCAAGAACAAAGCUUUUUCUCCGGGUGGAGCAUACGAGACUCCAAAUAUGAAAAUUGUAGGAAAGGCGAUAGCAAAUAAGUGUGGAGGUUUGCCACUUGCGGCCAACUUUUUUGGUUGUCUUAUGCACUCACAUAGCGAUGAGAGGCAGUGGUUGUCAUUCAGAGACAACAAAAGCUUAGAAACACUAGGAAAUCAUAGUGCUGGAAUCAUACCAAUAUUGAAAUUGAGUUACAAUAAUUUACCAUCCCAUUUGAAACAAUGUUUCUCUUACUGUUGUUUAUUUCCCAAAGAUUGGAAAUUUGAUAGAGAAACACUGAUUCAACUGUGGAUGGCUGAAGGAUUUAUUCAUCUAUCUAAUGGAGGAAAUCAAAACUUACUCGAAGAUAUUGGUAAUGAUUAUUUCCUUAGUUUGUUGUCUAGAUCUUUCUUUCAAGAUGUAGAAACGAAUUUGCUUGGCGACAUUAUACCAUUCAAAAUGCAUGAUUUGGUUCACGAUCUUGCAUUAAGCGUCGUCGCUGGCAGUCAUAAAGUCAUGAUUCCGAAUACAAGUGAAAUGGAAAAUGAUUCAUCUCAAGUUCGACGGCUACUGUUAACAAUGAAAGGAACACCAAAAACAUAUUUUGAUGCUUUAAACGAAGCUACAAAGUUGCGGGCAAUUUUUUUUCCAGCAGGGCAAAUAUUUUUCCAAGGAGAAGGUAUUUCUCAUCAGACUCUACUGAAUAACAAGCGUCUACGUGUAAUACAUGGGCUAGUUGGUGCUAAUAGAAAUCCGAAAACUAUAUCUUUUUCCACUUUCAAGUUUAAACACAUGAGGUAUCUUAACCUCAUUUAUUCUAAUCUUGAAGAUGUUCAUGCUGAGUCCAUUCAUCAACUCUACAAUCUCCAAACUCUCAACCUUGAAUCCUCCCAAAAUGUUCAAAAUAUUCUGAAAAAAGGAAUUGGUUCUUUGAUUAAUUUGCGACAUCUAAAUCUCUCUCAUUCAGACGCCAACCUUCUACCUGAUUACCGGGGAGAGCCAGAAGAUGUAUCAAGGAUACCAAGUGGUAUUGAAAAGCUAACUCGCUUGGAAGUAUUAUGGCCUUACAUUGUGAGGAAAAAUGAUGAUGUCUCCAAUAUUGAUACCUGCAGUUAUAAUUCAACUCCUUUUUCUAUCCAAGAAUUAGCACAUCUAAUCUCCCUUCGGAAGUUACGAAUACUAAAUCUGGAGAAUCUGAAAGGUGGUAAAAUUGAGGCGGAGACCGCAAAUUUAAAAGACAAGCAAAACAUUCAAAAUUUGGAUCUGCAAUGGAAUUUCGAAGUAGAAGAACAAGAAGAAGAAGUGGAUGUUAACAAUUCUAUUAUGGUGCUGGAAGAUCUCCAACCUCACCCUAAUUUGAAGGAAUUGACGAUAGUGGGUUUUCCGGGUUUAAAGACUCCGAAGUGGAUGGGAUCAUCUUCUUGUCAUCCUAAUUUAGUGGAAUUAAAUUUUUACUACUGCAAGAGUUGUACAAAAUUUGUAGGACUGGGUCAACUCCCCUGUCUUCCGUUACUUACUAUUGGAGGAAUGAAUUCAGUCAAGUGUUUAGGUAUGGAGUUCUAUUACCAGCAACAACAAGAAGAAGAAUGCAAAGGUUCUGCAACAAGAACAUUAUUCCCUUCGUUAACUAGGUUAUACAUGGUGGAGUUGAAAAAUUUAGAAGAAUGGCGGUUUGCACCUCCGCCACCUGACAACUCCUUCCCUAGCCUUGAGAAAGUAGAGAUCUUGGAGUGCGGUAAUUUGACAUCUAUACCAGAUUUACGAUUAUGGACUUCUUCCCUCACAGAGUUACACAUAGUGGGCAGCGAAAAGUUGGAAAAAAAGCCUAUGGAAUAUUUUCUCGGCAAAUCCCUCCCAUCUGUUCGAUACACCUGGAGUGAUGCUGAUUUUGUUGGAAUAUUUGAAUAUGCUAGCAACCGAUGGUCGUGA